AUGGCAGGAUUAUACUGCAAGCAGGCAGAUAUUUUGAAAACUCUUGUAUACGCUUUAUUUGGCUGUCAAACUUAUAGGCUUCUACCUGAAGUUUCGAACAAUUUAUUCCACGAUAACGGUGUAGCUUGUGGAAUAUUACCUGGAUUAACAAGAAAGCAAAAUAACUUAUGUAUGCGCCAUCGUACAGCUAUGCGUUAUGUUGUUAAAGGUCUGAAAGCUGCCAUAAAUGAAUGCAAAAAUCAGUUUCGCGAUGAACGAUGGAAUUGCUCAGCUAAUCGAAAGGGAUUUGCAAUUUCUCAUCUUAGAGUGGGAAGCAAGGAAUCAGCAUUUGUUUUUGCUCUGUCAUCAGCAGCUGUGAGUAGAGCCAUAGCUCGAGCAUGUGCUCAAGGUGUUAUUUCAAGCUGUAGCUGUGGUAAAUAUUCGAAUCGUCUCAACAAAAAAUUUAUAUGGGCUGGAUGCUCAGAUAACGUAAAAUAUGCAAAUAAUUUUGGACGUAAAUUUAUGGAUGCAGCUGAUUUGAUUCAUACGAAUGAUGCACGAUCAAUGAUGAAUUUGCACAACAAUCGAGUUGGGCGAAAAGCUGUGAUGAAUGGCAUACAUCGUGAAUGCAAGUGUCAUGGUGUCAGUGGCUCAUGCACUAUGCAAACAUGUUGGAAAAUUGUGCCAAGAUUAGAAGAAAUUGGCUUAUUCUUAAGGAAAAAGUAUUCACACGCUGCUAAGGUCACUGUAUCACUUAAAAGUAAAAGUCUAGUGUCACGGAUGGAGCGAAUAGGAACUCGUGCGGAGAGAUAUUUGCAUGAAUUUGGAAAGACAUUACCAUUAGAAAAUGAACUUGUUUAUUUGGAUGAUUCGCUUGAUUAUUGUAAAGAAGAUAAAUUAAAUGAUGUACGAGGUCCGCAGGGUCGUGAAUGUUUUGGGAAAUGUGAAACAAUUUGCUGUGGACGAGGCUAUGAAACAAUUCGCACAGUAAAAGAGGAGCAGUGCAGUUGUAAAUUCAUAUGGUGCUGCGAAGUAAAAUGUGACACAUGUCAUUACAUUGUUAGUCGUAACUUCUGCAAUUAA